GUCGCAGGUCGGCUCACGCUUCAUUCGUGCGAACAACAGCAACAGCAAACGCCCUUCAACCCGCGCUUGCCAUCGCCACCGUAAUAUUUCCUGCUGCUUGCGAGCGGCAUUCGGCGGCCGAGACGACACCCCAACCCACAAUCACCACUCAUGACGACAGGAGCAAUGGAGCGUUUUUUUAAGGAAGGACAUGGGUCCAUUCCUUCGGCGCGGUUGGUGACGAGGCGGGCGUUUCUGAGGACUCUGUUUUUGAUGGCGGCAUUCCUGCUGGUUUACCACGUCAUGUCCAGCGUUGAGCUGCGCAGUUCCUUCGCCAACGUUCGGGACUCGGUGGCGCCGGUGUUGCAGUCGACUCCUACUACCGCUGCUGCUGGUGGUGAGCAGGCGUUCAGUAACGCAGGACACAAGGGAGAAUUUACGCAGCAGCAGCCACCGCAGAUGGGUGGUGGGCCUAAGGUCACGCUGGGAAAAGAGAAGGCUACACUGCUUAUGCUCGUUCGGAAUCGCGAAUUAUUUCAGGCCCUCGGUUCCAUGCGCAUGAUCGAAGAUCGUUUCAACAAGAAUUAUCACUAUCCCUGGACCUUCAUGAACAACCGUCCUUUCACCGCUGAUUUUAUCAAAUACGCCACCGGUAUGGCCAGCGGCCCGGUCGAAUUCAUCCAGAUCCCUAGGGAUCACUGGAGCGUCCCGGACAGCAUCAACAGGACUAUUAUGGACGAUGGAAUGCGCAAGCUGAGGAACGAGGGUGUCAUCUACGGUGGCUCGAGCAGCUACAGACACAUGUGUCGGUUCAAUUCGGGAUUCUUCUUCCGUGAGAAGGCGCUGGAGAAGUACGAGUGGUACUGGCGUGUCGAGCCGGAUGUCGAGUUCCACUGCGACCUGAACUACGACCCCUUCACGUUCAUGCGCGAGAACAAGAAGGUUUACGGCUGGGUGAUCAGCAUGUACGAAUUCGAGUCUACGAUCCCCACGCUCUGGAAGCACACCAAAGCAUUCAUCAAGAAGUUUCCCAGCUUUCUAGCGCAAGACAAUUCUCUCAACUGGUUGGUCGACGGCGCCAACGUGACGAAGGCUUUUGACAACAAGGAGAUCGAGGGCGACUACAACAUGUGUCAUUUCUGGUCUAAUUUCGAGAUUGCGAGUCUCGACUUUUUCAGGAGUCCCGCAUACCAGAGCUAUUUCGAUUACCUCGACUCCCAGGGUGGUUUCUUUUACGAGCGUUGGGGCGAUGCUCCCGUUCACUCGUUGGCCGUUAGCUUGAUGUUGCCGCGCGAGAAGAUCCACCACUUUGCAGAUAUUGGAUAUCUCCACGCCCCCGCUGGCCGCUGUCCCGCAGACGACGAGAGCCAUUCCAGCGGCCGCUGCUACUGCGACCGGUCAACCAGCUUCGACCACAACCAGUACUCGUGCACGCCACGAUGGUUCAAGCUCAAUGGCGUAACCACGGGCGCCCUGAUGCCGAUCGAGCCCAAUACGAUCUGAGCCCAGGGCACUGGGCACUGGGUAU